UUAGAUAAAAAAUGGUGGUCAAAGGGGAGAAGAAAGAUGCUUUGAAGUUUCUCAAACAAUUUCACAUGAAAUUAGCAGAAUUCUUAGCAGUGAUCGAUCGAGUCAAACCCAUGAAACAUUUAUUCUAUUAUGGGUUGGAUCUAUAUUUUUUGAUCGGUAAUUAAUUACUUUUUCGUACAUUAUAAUUGCAAAAGCAUGUUCUCACCCCCACCCCUCAUAUAAUACUGUUUUAUUGCGGUGUCACCUCCAUACAAAUAAUUUAUGAGAACGCAUGUAAGUAUUAUGUUGUGCAUCGCAUGACGGCAGCUGAUUCAAUCGACCAAAGACUCGAGAAGUAUAUGAAACUUGAGAUGACCCAAAUGACUGUUUCGAUUACAUUGAAACCCAUUCAUAAAAUUAAUUGACUUUCCUAUUCCAUGCUUUUCUUAUUAUUUUUUACUUAUAAUUUUUUACCUUUUCUUACUGUGAUAAUUUCUUUAUAUAUAUAUAUAUAUAUAUAUAUACUACUGGCUUUCCAAAAAUACCCUUCAGACUAUAAAAGUGCAGGAAACCUUCCUCCGUUUUCAUCUCAUCCGAUCCGAUAUGUCCGACUGAUGAACCGUUUCAUACAAGAUUGAAUGACAUACCGAUAUAUCGGAAGUAUUGUCCCGUAUCGGUUAAACCCGACACGGGGUGAAGAUAUCAUCCUUGCCUUGGCCGCGGGGAGACUCGGCCUCGUCGUGAACGCCCAUCCAAGGAAGCGAUUCCACAUUCCCCUCACCUCAGCCCACGAAAAGCAUCCCGAAACCCCAAACAAAUCGGCGGCGGGCUCGCACCGACUCCGCAGCCUCUCACGGUCUCUUCGCCUGCCGCCGCCUUUGCUUCUGCCGAGCCCCGUCUUCUUCCCCGCGAAGAACGCCACUGCUAAGAUAGAUUUCAAUGUGGACCUCACUCAGAAGCUGUGUGGAGCGCUGUUGUUUCCUCAUAUCAGGCAAUCCAGCAACCCCUUUUCACAGGUUAUCGCGAGGCUUUCCAUCAAACACCCCAACCUCUUUGGAAGAAACGAGAAGUUGGAUGUGUUGUGGGACAAAGGCAUUGAUGAUUUCAACAUUCUCAUAGCAUUCAGGCGUCCGAGGCCGGAUUGGCUGUCGCAGCAGUCAUUUACCAUUCAGCAUUCAGUGGCUCCUGAGAUCGCGGUGCAUGGGUUGCCUGUGGAUCAUUUCACUCGUUCAGGGAGUGGUGGUGUCAACCUGAGCCGCUCCUCAGUAGGUGUUGAUUUCAGUGAGCCUUCUACUUCCCAUUGGAGCAGCAAAACUAGCAUCAAAUUUGAGCAUGUCCGUCCUCUGAAUAAUGACGGCCAUACAAUAAACAGGGAUAUGGAUGGUUUUCCCAUAACUUCCAGUGGCAGGUCUUAUGAUAAUAUGAUUGUUCUGAAGCAAGAAUCACAAUAUGCAAUUGCCAAUGAUGAUAGAUUUACCAAAUUCAAUUUUCAAAUGGAACAAGGACUACCUCUUUUGUCGAAGUGGCUCAUUUUUAACCGAUUCAAGAUUGUUGCUUCAAAGGGAUUUAAACUGGGGCCAACUUUUUUGGUCACGAGCUUGACAGGUGGAUCGAUUGUCGGGGACAUGGCACCAUAUCAAGCAUUUGCCCUUGGUGGAAUUGGUAGUGUUCGAGGUUAUGGUGAGGGUGCAAUUGGCUCAGGAAGAACAUGUCUGGUUGCUAAUGGUGAAUUUACAAUUCCUGUGACAAAGGAAUUGGAAGGUGCCAUCUUCAUGGACUGUGGAACUGAUCUAGGAUCUGCUCGGUAUGUUCCUGGUAACCCUGCCCUUAGACAAGGAAAACCUGGCUUUGGGGUUGGACUUGGAUACGGUGUUCGCUUCAACUCGCAUUUGGGACAGAUUCGGGUUGACUAUGCAAUCAAUGCCUUCCAGCGGAAGACUCUCUAUUUUGGCAUCAACGGUGUUGGCUCAUGAGUUUGAAUCAACAUGUGAGAACAACCAGUUUCUACAUUCGAAAAAUCUUUGUCGAGUAUUCUUUGAUUGAAUAUAAAUACAGGAAUUGGUUACCAAAUGAUCUUUAGGUACUCUUGUAAAGUGUGAUGCCAUCAUCAUCUGUACUCAAAUCACCAUUAAAUCAUAACUUUGUUUCUUUUAGAUUGAAUCUUUUUCCUAGCAUUUCCCUGAUGCAAUGUCUACACAUUUGCUACGAAUUCAACCUCCACAAAGUCGUCAUCAUCUGUUUUAGAAUGUUUACCAAAUCUUACCUUCUUGGGAAUAAUAAACUACAUUGAUGGAUUGUAAUUUCUCUCUGUAGAUGCUUGAUGAGAUAUAUUAGAUCUCCAACAGCACUGGUUUUGGAGUGACAGACAGCAGUUGCUUUCACAAACUCUUGAAAGUAGCCAUGCAAAGUGCAAUCUAAAUACAGAAUAAGUAACAUAAAAUC